AUGAAGACUCAAGUGUUGAUUACCAUACUGCUGUGCCUCGCGCUGGCCCACGCCGCGCAAGCAUCAAGCAGCAAUUUCGAGAAAUACGCCGUGCGCAACUCCGUCCGCAGCGGCAGCGCGCACCGACUGAGGUGGCGCAAGCUGACAGAGCUUCCCACUUGCGUCAACCAAACACUCUGCGGAUCACUGUGCGUGGACAUUCUGACCGACAUUAACAACUGUGGCGUGUGCUCCAACUUCUGCGACCUCACCCAAAUCUGCUGCAACGGUACCUGCAUCAACCCCAACACCAACAACGCCCACUGCGGCGCGUGCGGUGCCCGGUGCCCAGGCACUUGCGCCGCGGGUGUGUGCAACUACGGCGGGGUGACCUCCUCACCUGGGAAUGGCCCACUUGGCAAUGGUGGUGCCGGUAAUGGUGGUGCUGGCAAUGGUGGUGCCGGCAAUGGUGGUGCCGGCAAUGGUGGUGCUGGCCCUGUCGUCCCCCCUACGGGUGGUUCUGGUCCCGUCGUCCCCGGUACUGGUGGUCCCGCUGCUGGUGGCCCUGGGAAGACUGGGAAGCCCUAA